CUUCAAGAUUUAGUCGGUUCUUGACAAAGAAAUCUGGACACAACGGCCGCACUGAAUAGUCAUGUGUGAAUAUGACCAAUAGAUCGAACUCAUCAAUACAUAUCUCAAUAUUGAGCAAUAUUAAGACUAAAAGUUCAGUAGUAAAAUCAAGAUAUUGUAGUUUGUAGCUAGAAAUGGUGAUGAAGGUGAAGACAAAGACUGAUGGUGAUAAUAUAAUCUCCGAAGAAUCGACUCCAGUAAGUCCAUUGGGACAGUACCUCAACAGCUCAGCCUUGUCUCUUUCUCUCUACGCUGUUCUUGAAUUUCAGGUCCCCGUCAAUGACUUGCCUAUCUCUCUUGUCAGCGAUAAGUUCCUACCCAUCAGCCCUCGCUUCUCUUCUGUUAUGGUUAGAGACGAGAAGAGUGGUGUAAAGAAAUGGAAGCCGGUUGAAGUAAACGUAAACGAUCACUACUUUGUCCCGGAGUUUCCAGAAGGAUUGUCACCCGAAGAAUACGAAGAGUGUCUUUAUGAAUAUAUAUCCAAGAUAGCAAUGGAAGAGCUCCCGACAAGCUUGCCCUUAUGGCAAAUUCACAAGUUUAAGUAUCCGACAAGUAGUGGCGUGCAGGGGAGUGUGAUAUUUAAGCUUCACCAUUCACUUGGUGAUGGCUAUUCUCUUAUGGGAGCUCUUCUUUCUUGUUUACAGAGAGCGGAUAAUCCUUGCCUUCCUUUAACUUUUCCCUCUCGUCAAUCUAGCUCAAAAACUAAUGCUGAAAACACAAAUGUUUCUUUCUUUCGAGCUGCUGCUCAGCUUUCAUCCAACCUCGUGACCAGUCUUUUGGAUUUUGGUCACGGUAUGUUGAAGAGCAGUGUCAUGGAAGAUGAUCUGACCCCGAUAAGAUCGAAUCAUGUUAGUGGAGUAGAGUUCAGGCCAUUGGCUAUAAUAAAUAUGGCCUUUUCUCUUAAUCAGAUCAAAAAAGUCACUACAAACCUGAAAGUGACAGUAAAUGAUGUGAUGACCGGUGCAAUAUUACUCGGAGUUCGGAUGUACAUGGAAGCCGAGGAGAAAAAUUCAGGCAAUGCUAACUCAACAGCAUUGGCGGUUCUUAACACCAGGGACAUAGAUGGGUACAAGUCAGUUAGCGAGAUGCUUAAACCCAAGGCUAAGAUGCCAUGGGGCAACCAAUGUACAUUUCUGCAUCUUCCGAUGCCCAAAUUGAAUGAUUCACACGAUCCUCUUGAUUUCAUCUUCCAAACGCAAAGAACUGUCAAACGACUCAAGAACAACUAUGCUGUUUUUCUGAAUUCUCAAUUUUUAAAUAUCUCCCGCAAACUCAUAGGUCCUGAGGUAUUUAACUAUUUAGGCAUGCAUUAUUGUUCUAGCUACUGUUUUGAUUCUUGGCUUUCUGUACAUCAUACAAGCAUGUACUGAUUUAAUUUAAUUGUCUAGAGGCUUGUAUAUUGAAUCAAUUUGGUGUGGACAGUGGCGGAUGCAUAGUGGUUAAUGGGAGGUCACGUGACCUACCAUUGUUUUUAAUUUUUUUUUUUUCAAAUUUUUUUUAUUCAUAUAUAUCAGUUGGAUACAGCGUACAGAGCAUCUUUUAUUUAUAAAUAACAGUGACACACCACACAGGCACACCCUUUUCCUCCAUUUCCUCCCUGCUUCAAAUACCAAGCCUCUCGGACUGAUUUCUUCAUUCUAAAAUCUUCAAAUUCAUGAUAUGAUUCAUCUCCAAGAUUCCCCUCUAUUAUACUCAUGGUUUCAGAUUUUUUAAAACUUGCAAUUAGAAGAAGAAAAAACAGAGACCUCAAGAUGUUCGAUAAAAUGUCACAGUGAAUAUUUGUAGGAUAUAGUUUGAUUUUAUCAGUUUUUGUUGCGUUAUUGAUUCCUACUUGGGUUUGAUUUGUUGUUGACGGAAUGAAAAGGUUAAGUACUCGUGAUAUCUCAAGCUUCUUUACCAAAAAACCAACUGCAGUGAAUGCUUCUCAAGGUCAAGAAAGUGAAGAAAAAGAAAUUCCAGAGACAGAAAUCAAUGUCGGACAGGCAACUCAACCAAGCCACCAGGAUUCUUCUCCGUCAGUCACUAUACCUCAAGGUCCUCAACUUGAUUUUGAUAUUGUUAGUCUUCCACAAGAUCCCGGCAAAAGAAAAAAAUUGAGUGAUUUUCAUCCCAAUGAGAGAGAUUUAGUGAGGAGAACGUACAUACAAAGAGGCCCUUGUCAACCAGAAGAUUAUGAAUUUCCUCAAACACUAUUCGGGACUAAGGAGCGUCGGUUUAAUGUGAAAUGGUUUAAUAUUUGUGACACACCAUUGUCUAUAUCCUGCAUCCGCCACUGGGUGUGGAUAAAUAUGCAGGCAACUUCUAAAUUCUUUCACGGCACCAUGAAGAACUCGAGCAUGUGUAUUAGCAAUAUGAUCGGACCGGUAGAGCAGAUGGCAUUGGCUAAACAUCCUGUUCAAGGUCUCUACUUUACAGCUUCGGGACUUCCACAGAGUCUGGUGGUGACUCUACUAAGUUAUGUGGGAACGUUAAGAGCAACCAUUGCAGUGGAAAAAGGGUUCAUCGAUCCGGACAAGUUGAAGGUUUUUAUCCAGAAAGCUUACGACAUCAUUUUCAAAGCUUCUGUUCCCCCUGACUGUUGAAUCUUCCAUUUAUGUUUCUUAAUAGUUAUUAGUUUUGAUCAGCUGGAUUGGCUAAGGUUUUAUCAUGUGAAUUAAUUGCGUUUCGAUAUGUUGAUAUAUCCAGUUAUCUAAGAGACAUAUCAGAUGCAAAAUCACAAAUGUCGUUUAUCAAUGUCGAAUUCUCGUUUAUUACUUAAUGCCAUCAAUCUUUGUUAUGACGAAAAGUAAAUAAGUUCCCGAUGGUCUACUGGCCAAAAUCGUUGGAUUUGAGUUGA